GCCUGCCAUGCGUCCGUGCGGUCCACCCUGAGGAGGCCACAUCACGGAGGUGCCACACCCCGCCUGCCCGGCCCGCCGAUAGCGCUGCCCAUCCCUUCUGGAGAGAGAGGGCCGACGGGCACAGCUGCCUGAGACACCGGCCAUACUCUCCCUCAGGCAUCCUGCUCUGUCAACAGCAAUUACCUUAAUCUCCCCUCCCGUCUUUAAGCCUCCAAGAGUGGGGAGCCAGAUAUGAACAGGUGGCUGCCAAAGGGUCUGUUCCGGGCUACAGUAAUAGGUGAUCGCUCUUUCGCUCGCUCUCUUUCUCUCCUUCUAUCUCUCCGGCUGGGCUGCUGGACCUCGCUCUGACAAGGGUUCCCUUCCGGACACUAUGGAUUAUUGUCCAAUUCCGGAAGAUUCCGUCGAUUGCUUCUUAAAAAUCUGGCUGGCUUAGCCCCUUGGAGUAGCCUCCUGCCAUUAGUGUGCAAGGGGCUGUGAGGAGCUGAGCACUCCACCCACCCUCAAAAGUGCCAGGGUGGACGGCCGCACCUACCUACGGCCGUGUCCUGGAACGGCACCAGGACAGGGCGCAAGCUCAACCAACACCGACUACUUUCUGCGAGGCUGCACUGUACGCUGAUAACCAUGGGAGCAUCCAUCGGAAAGAAACAGAAAGCAUACAGCCUUGAGCAGUCAAGUGAGGGAAAAGGAAAUCACCUGAAUGGCUCGGCCUCCGCCUACGGAGCCCUGCAGCAGGACCCACACAGGGAGCGGCCCCCCGCAGCCAGCUAUGCGGCUCAGCCAGAUUACAUGGAAGGGGACGAUGAUCUGAUCAAGCCCAAAAAGCUCCUUAAUCCAGUGAAAGCCUCUAAAAGCCAUCAGGACCUUCACAGAGAGCUGCUUAUGAACCACAGAAGGGGUGUGGGAGUCGAGAACAAACCAGAGCUCCAGCGAGUGCUGGAGCAGAGGAAACGGGAGCAGAUGAUUAAGCAGCGAAAGGAGGAGGACGAGGCAAGGAAGAAGAUCUCCCCCCUGGAGCAGGAACUCCUCAAGAGGCACAAGAAACUGGAGGAGCUGGAAAGGGAACAGGAGAGGCAGGAGGAGGAGACGGGGAGCGCGCCAGAGUUCAUAAGAGUGAAAGAGAAGCUGAAGAGGACGUCAGUCGUGAACGAGGGAGAGAAGGAGGUAUAGGAUCAUCACUGUCUGCCCUGCAAGUACUGUAAGCACCAGGGGGGGUCACACACGUGUGUGUGUGUGUGUGUGUGUCCGCGUGCAAAUGGAAGGACACAGGAGAAACAACGCUUUCCAGUGCUAUACGGAGGACUCAUCUUCCUCCUGCUACACCCAGCUGCUCCGACUGACACAAGACAACGGCUCUCAUCUCGUCACGAGCGGGCACACUCCGGCCUCACUGCCCACUAGGCGAAUGCUUACAUGCAACCAAGAGGCCCUCUAUCUGUGUUCCCCAAGUUUGGGAAAUAAAUACACAUUCACACGAGUGAGGAGAGAGCAAAGGAGCGACAAUCAAGGCUGAGCCUCGAGAAAAAGCACAGUGCAAGGUUUCUGAUCCGAAACGCUGAAGCGAGUCGGGAGUCAAGAUGUUUCCGCCUACAUGUGCAGGAGCUGGAACCCCAGGCAUCUGUAGUGCGAUGAAUCUCCCCACCAGGCCUAAAAGUGACCGUUAAGGAGAAAUGUUCUUCUUAUCUGUCUAUGAAGGGUGAAGUCUUUAUUGUAAUGCUAUAACACCUAACGGUCAUGUGGUCAACUACUGUUUGCAGGUUUCCCUGUAGAAGAAUAAUGUACUCCCACUGAUGUACUUCUACACGCAACGCUUAUCUGGUCUCCCGGAACCAUCGGCAAAUUGAGCCGGAGGUACAAAUAUUGUAAUCACAAUGUAGACACUACUGCAGAUUAAAGUGUUUUUCUUUUUGA